AACCUUCUUUCUUUUCCUAAUCAGAUCGGAUUCUACGAACAAACACAAACAAUCUUCCAUUUUUUUUCAAAUCCAUUUCAAUGGCAAUGAACAGGGCAAAACAAGGGUACUCAAUGGCUUCCAAUAUCUUGAAAGCCCUGAAUUCAUCUUCUUCAUCAACACCAAUCAGAACCUUCAGCGUCGGUGUUGUAAACAGCGAAAUCACCACCACCCACACCGCCAAAUGGAUGACGGACCCAACCAAGAAAUCUCCAAUGGAGUUGAUCAAUGAAGUCCCUCCUAUCAAAGUUGAGGGCAGGAUUGCAGCUUGUGAAGGAGACACCAAUCCUGCACUCGGCCAUCCCAUAGAGUUCAUAUGCCUUGACAAGAAUGAACCAGCUAUCUGCAAGUACUGUGGUUUACGCUAUGUCCAAGAUCAUCAUCACUAGUUUCAUCUUCAAAUAUCAGUGUUGUCCCUGCAUGUUUAAAUCUUAUUACUUGGCAAGUCCAAGCUUUUGUGCUUCAAACUUCCAAUUCCAAUUUUAGCAACUUGAUGUACUACCAAAACCUUUAUUAAUGUUUCUUGACCUAUUUGCAAAUAAGGACAAAAUUGGUGUAUAAUUUGAUAUCAAAAUAACAUUCUGCUC